AUGUGUCGCGCCGCUCUCUGGGCCUGCAUCUCCGUCUCCUCAGGCACCGCGGCAGCCGAUCGAGCACCUCCUCGGCUGUGCGCAGCCGCAUCCUCGAGGCCGAUGGCGUCGCAAGAUUGGAUGUUGCACGACAUUCUUGUCACACCCCUCUACGUGUGCAUGAAUCCCGCGGCUGUCAUCCCACUCAACACGAGCGCCGAUCUCCUGGUGCGCAGGGUUUCAAGCAGUGAUGUGCCGGCCGAUGCUGUGGAGGUGACGGCUGCAGCGUCAGCCGCGCUCGAUGUCCUGCUUCGUGAAUCGCCGACGUGUGGCGCGCUUGUCUACGCUCUACUGCAGCAGCGGCAGCAGGGGACAGUGCACGAUACCGUUGCCCCGCCUCUCUCUAUCCUGGACAGCAGCGCCAGCAUCUUUGCAGAGGGGAGCGACUUUACCCAAUACGAGGAGGCAUUAACGGCAGAUGUGUACGUGUCGGCGGUGUCUUCUCUGCCAGCGGCGCCACCGUCGACACGCCCCCCAGGAGCUCGCUCACCAGCUGUGACGACGCAGUUGACGACAUCGCCGUCUGCGCCACACGAGAAAGAGGGAGACGACGCAUUCGACCACAGCUUCGAGGCAUGGGCCGCGAAGGUGUCGCAACAUCUCCUACGCCGAUGGGCGCGCCUGUCGUCGCAGACUGUUCUUUGCUGUGGGGAGCGGCAGGCGACACUGCGGCAUCGCAGAGGACUCGCGCUCCGCCACGCCGCUGAUGUGCGGGGUGACACUAAACCCGCUUUUGCGACUCAGAGUGACGCGCAUGUGCGGAGGCUCAGGGCAGCCCUCUACCUUCUUGACGCACUGCGACCCGCUGGCAGUGUGCCGGGGAGACAUAUCUGUGACCGCGGUGAAGCGAGCUCGAGCGUUGUGGUUGACGCGUUGGAUGUGGUUCUCGAGGAGUGCGAGGACGAUGACAGGCGCUGCGAGCCACCAGAGCUGCAGCGCCGCUAUCGCUUCCUACGGGGGCGUGUGCGGCGCGUGGCAGCGUUUUCCCCCGCUGCGGGUCUUGCUUGGCCGGUCGAAGGUUCUCGCCCCACACCAGAGCCAGACUACCUGCAACUCCCGUGGUGCGCGGCACACUCGACAGCGUUGACUCUGACUCCGGCGCAGGUGUAUGCAACAUCUUCCUCGAAUCCUUCGCAUGCUCACGUGUCUUUGUCAGGGCUUGACGCCUGCAUGAACACCCUUCAGUUCACAGCCGAGCAACAGACUUGCCUGCAUGAGCUGGCCUACAGUGUGCUGUAUCUCGCCUCGCUGAAGUUCACAUCACAGAGGGGUUCCAGCGGCGGCCCUGCAGCGGUCUCCCCCAAGUCGCUGCCGGCACUGAACGCUGCCGCCAAGCUUCUGCGCCUGCCAGCGAGUGAGCUUGUCGCCGCGUUGACGACAGUGGCGACACGCGAGGGUGUCCAGUCCACCUCACGGACAACGCGGCAUGCCUUAAACUGCGCCGGCGCGACGCAGAUGCAGCGCACUCUCGUGGCGCACCUCGGCGGACUGGUGGUGAGCACGCUGUUGCAUCUCACCAACACAGCCCUUCACGUUGGUGGCCACGUCGCUACGGAGGCGCGCACCCUCACCCUUGCUGCCACCGUCGAUACCAACGACACGACGGCACAGGAGCAACAUGCUCACAUGCCCGACGCACACGAGGAGCGUCACGAAGGGUCUGGAGGCGGCCUUACGGCGUGGUUCGCUGCGUACGCACGCUGCCACGCCGCCAUGGCUGUACGCGAUCGGCUCGUCGGCGCACUGCAACGCGAGGCGUGCUACGAAGGAGUGGGGCUGGAGGUGGACAGCUGGCUUGAUGAGCUCUCCGCCGCAUCGACUGCACCCACCACCACAGCACUUCGACUGGGCAGAGUAGCCGCAGAGGUGCGCGAGAUUUCGACGCGGGUCAUGAUCCCAUGGGCGAAGCAGCGAGGGGGAGGCACCAUCGUCAGCACUCACACCGCUGCCGGUGCUUACGACUUCGGUGACACUACACGUGAUAUCCCUGUGGUAGCGGAGCUGGCGCACAUUCUGGAGGCAGUAACGUCGAGGUGUAUCGGCACCGAUAUCUCCGCGGCGCCGCCUCUGUCUUCUCCAGAAGCGGUGCAGCGUCUACUCACGGAGCAGCUUCAGGCGCUGGCGGCAUCGGCGCGUCAGGCAACAGCCAGCGACGAGGUCGACACAGCCAUACCGGCAGCAGAGGUGGUAUGCACGUGGGAGAGCACGGCGUCUGCCGACAGCAGCGCGUGUGAUGGAGCUCUUGUGCUCACCUUUCCGUGUGGUCUGCACCCCCCUCUUCGACUCUCUGUACGCUGCCUUGCUGCCGACAUCUUUGCCGCUGCACGCCUCUGCGUGACGGGCACCACGCCAGCGAUGCAGCAGAUCAUAGGUGGCGUGAGCAAGCGGUGCGUGUCUUUGACCUCCGCGGGCAUCUCACCUGAAGGCCGGUUGAGGGGCGAAGCACACAUGGUGCAGAGCCCACUGCAUCGUGUGGAUGACGGCCGUGAUGGAGAGGGGGGAAUGAGUGCUUCACCUCCGCUAAGUCCGUGCUCUGCCCACGAAGCCCUGCAGUUCAUACUCGCUCGUCGUCUCCGCAAUAGCAGCUCCAUUGCUGACAUAGCGAUGCAUGUCGGUCAUCGUGGCGGCAACACCGUCACUCUCUCGCCCGACUUCUGGUAUGUCAUCCUCGCCGUUCCCGUCCUAGCGGAGACUGCGAGUUGGGGGCCUUUGCCGGAUGCCGGCGACCUGGACCAGCACCAGUGGAGCUCACCAGGCGCGUGCCCUUUCCUCGAGCCGCUGCUUCCCCACGAAGCACCAGUGUCCUCCGCAUCUGCGCCGAGGGUGGGGCUGACGCGCGACGACGCCCUGGCGACACACCUGCAUGAGCGCGAUCCGCUGCUACUCGCCUUGUUCUUCUGGUCUCGCCUCUGCCACUGCCACGUAUGCCCGGUGCCGGUGUUUGCGAAGGUGUGUGCGGUGCCACUGUUAACGUCGUAUGCACAGUGGCGGCCGUCUACAAGAGCGUCACCACACAAUACAGCGGCGACUAGCUCGGAAGCUGUGGAGGGCUGGGAAGAUUUUCUGAGCGAGAGCACUCUGCGCACGGUAACCGACGCCGGCUCCAGCGCUUCUGUACGCACGCCACGGCUACGCAUGCGUGCCAUGGUGUCUGACGACGUGGUCGCGGAGUUUCUGAGCCGAGUGCGUCAUCUGCAAAGUCAGGCACGGUACCGCGAGCUGUGCUUACUGGCGCUCGCAGAGGUACCCUGUUGCAGCGAUGGCAGUGUAGUGCUUGGGGUGAGUGCCGUUUUUCUGAGAUCUGCUGCUGUGGCGGCCAUACAGUCGUGCUGCGCGGAGCUACGCGAGGCGGCCGUGCGGCACCUUCAAGAGACGGGCCGCGGCUUCCUUGCCCGCCGCCGCCUUUGCUUUGUGCACGAGCAGGGGCGGCAGCAACGCGAACAGGAAUAUCGCCGGUCACGGCGUUCUACCAACAGCUGCCUCGGGAACGCGGCAGCGCCGGCGUCGGCGGAGAUGCGGGAGCGCGAGGCUCUCGAGCGUGCGAGGGACGCACAGCUGGCGCAGGCAGUCUGCGAGCGGGCGAAAGCCCUCACUUACACUACGCAACACCUUAGCGACAAUGCUAGUCGGCUGCAGCAGGGAUGGACGGAGACUCUGGAGCUGCUGGAGGGCGAACUGGUUGGCGCCGUCGUGCAGAUAAACGCGUACGAGACGCAGCGGCGGUCCGCCGAGGGCGUGGCGCGGCAGGAGGCACGUCUGGCGUUGCGCGUCUACGAGGAGGCGAGGAACGAAGUCUGGGCGGGUGCAAAGGCGUUUCAACCGCGUCGGCAGGCGACCUUGGCGGAGCUGCGGCGGUGUCGCCCAUCUCAUCUCGCACGGUGUGCGAGUCAGGGCACGGCAGCGAUCGAGGAAGAGGUUCGACGAGCAACCGCCGCUGCUCAUCGCACAUCGCAGCUGAGGCGCGAGGCAGUACAGUCAGCAGAGGCGGUGUUGCUGUCACAGUUGAUAAGAGCGAGCCGUCGCGAGGAUGCGCAAUCGCUCGCACAUCACGUACGGCGGCAGGAGGCGCGUGCGACGCGCAUGGCGGACAGCCGCCAGCACAACAACAGCGGCGCAGUCGCGUCUGAGGAGGCGCAGCGACAUGGAGGACGGCGCGGGAGCGGAAUCACUGCGACGCUGCCGCGGCACGUGGCAUUGCCAACGGACUUUUCGAGACGGGAGUACAGCAACCCCGAGGGACUGGUGCUUACCCGCCCACGUCCCUCGUCGGUUCAGCGAAGCACAGGUGUUGCACAUACUCGCCCUCUCGGUGAAGGGCGCACUCGUUCGAUAUCUGUAUCGGGCAGCGAGCGUGGCGGGGCCGGGCGCACGUCAAUCGCCUCGAUCGAGCGCACGACGACGGCAACGGAGGAUUCGUCCGAGUGGGCGGUGCAGCGGGACCUGAUGUUGCUGUGGGAGUCGUCUCGCAUGUCCGUUUGA